GACAACGCAACUUCUUUCUUGCUAAGAAAACCUAUGAAGGACACACUAAGUAUACUCAAGACUCAAGUACUGCUAUUGAUGUCAUACACAUACUAACUUUGGAGCUAUUUGCGGUAACUGGGACGGAGAUUGCCUGACUCAGCACGCGGAUCUGCCGGCGCGACCACAUCGCGUCCCGUCCCUUGUGCUAACGUUUCUUACUGUUCUAUUUGUCUUUGUACAUUUUCCUGGAUAGCAAAUUUGCCAAUUCUAGUGUCACUGUAAUCUCGAAAGUAUCAAAUAUCUAUAUCGCGCCAAGUAUCAUGGUCUUCAGUAAGCUCUUUAGCUCUUUACGCCCUAAAGCUUCUCGAAACAGACUGAAGGCAGAGUCAGAUGAAGGGGAGUCGGCUUACUUGAAAGCCGAGUCAGAUGCAGGGAGCACCGUCAAUACUUUAAGAUUCAAACCAUCUCGGAAUAAAUUGAGAAAAGAGCAGCCUCGUCCGAAGACCGCCAAUCCAAAAGGAAAAGGGGCUUCACAGGCCACUCAAUAUCUUCGCCCCAAUGGUCGAUCAUUCGAUGGGGCAGUCGAUGAGCAAACUGGAGAGAGAGUCGAUCAUACCGCAUUGCUUCACGGCUUAGCCCACGUGGGAUCUUUUGAUUCUAUGCAUGAAGCUUACGGUAUGGAUAAUCCGGAUCGCCCCCCCGGAGAGCUCGCAGUAGCCAGUUUACCUUCAAAUAUUUGGAGAUUUAUUGUGGGAUAUCUGUCACUUAGUGAUGCAGCAAGUCUUGCUUUCUCAAGCAAAACACUUCUCGAUCGAGUUGGACGUAAGCCAUGGCAUGACUUGGAUCUUCCAGAAAACCAUCGAGACAGGAUUGAGUUUUUGGUUCACAUGGACCGUGAUCUUCCUAAUCAUCUUCUUUGUUUCCCCUGUGCAAUUUAUCAUGUCCGCAUAAUACCAGGCGAAGAACGUUUGAAAGCCACACAUAUCAUAAAUCAUCUUUUCGAAUGUCCAAAUGCUCUAACACAGGUCGCCCCAAGGACUCGGCUGACUGUCGGUCACACCCUUCCGUUUUCGUUUGUGCAGCUUGUCUUACGAUCAAAUCGCUACUCUCCAAGCCAUGGAAUUCCAGUAGAAUCGAUAUCCAAACGCUGGAAAGAUCCUCAACUUGGAGCCCAGGGCACGGGAACCUGGUCACAUCAAAGCCGAUAUUAUGUUGACAAGGGCCAUCUUCUCUUGCGUGUGAUUAGUCAAUGCUUUCCAGAGCCAGAUCUUCCUAUAAGUGCGCAGCGAAAUCUUUUGUAUUCCCGCGAGGAUUACUUUCCAUACUUCUCGGUCUGCGCUCAUUGGAGGGAUGGCGACCUCAUGGAUGUAUGUAAAUGUGCGUUGGGGCACAUACCUAAACGCAGAGAAACAACUUCCUCGGCAUUGAAAAACAGCCCGAAUGCUAUUUUUUCACUUGCAAAUCAGAAAAGUCAAAUGUCCUCUCAAUGUUCUGUAUGUCAGCCAUUGCGUCGAUGCCCACGAUGCCCAACAGAGUACUUGGUUGAGCUUAAAUUUGCUGAGGAUAGGACCGACCAAGUCAACAGAUUCAAGCAAGCUAUGACUGUGACAAGGUGGAGCGAUUUAGGUAAUGGAACUUCUCCGUUAUCACCAGAAUGGGCUGCGAUUAACGGUGAAUUCGAGGGCUAUGAUUCAUUCGAUACCGUUAAAGGGCGUGCAAUUUCUGGAACAUUUGAAUCGCAAUUUGGUAUUACACUUCCUGCGCAAAGGAUCUUGUCUCUCAAUCCAAAGAAUGAAGUGAAAGGAGAAGAUGGUCAUAAUUGGUAUUAAGAAGUAUAAAUAUGUUAAAGUAAUGUUGAUUUUUCUCUCAUCACACCCGAGACACGGUGCAUUCCGAUAAAAUUCAUGGUACAACUUCCUUCCCCUAGAAUCCA